AUGUCUAACAUGACAGAAGAGUUUGGUGGAGAUGAAAUAUCAUCUUCAAUCAGCCCGGAAGUUUUCAAACUGUUGAAUGGCACAGAUGACGAAGUCAUUAAUAUUUCUUCUGAUCUAUCGAACAACACGGAACAAGCGAAUAUUCUCUCGUUGCUCAACAAUUUUUUCCCGAACUCAACCACAACAAUGACACCAAUUGAUGCUGAGGGGCUGGAGUAUGUGAAUGACUUAUCUGGAAAUGAGUCAAGAAUAAUAGAUUUGAACAAAGAGUAUACCCAUGAUGGUUCUCUGAUGACAGUCAGUUAUCUUGUUAUGAUUACUUUCAUAUUUUAUGUUCCACGAAUCAUUUACUUUCGAGUUAGUCGAAUAUCAAAGGAUCGACAAGUUCCCGGUUACUUCCUCAUCUGGUAUCUUUCAUUAAUUGCGUGUGUUGCUGCAGUCAUUCACUUCGGAUGUUUCCAAAUGUCCAUCUCAGGAUCCUCUCAUUUCAAUUCUUCCAUCACAAGUUUCGAAGAGCAACUCUCCAAUUUUUAUAUUUCAAAAGCAUCAGCAGCCUCUAUAAAUCGACUUGUUGCACCAAUUGUUGCAGUUCUUUGUAUCCAACAAAUUGCCACGCAUACCCGAUUUGAUAUUCCGAUUCUUCAGGAAGUUAAAGUUCAUGCUCUUCUGUGCUUAGUCAUCACAAUAUUUGUCGUUGGAUACUCUUUUCUUCGUGAAUAUUUUGUGAUGUCUGCUCUUGAUAGUUCGAGUGAAGUGUAUCCUGACCGUAUUCAUGUGGAUCUCUAUGAUGUCAUUGCACCUUUGAUUACUUCAGUUUUAUUUUUCUUCGCCAGGCAAAACUUAUCUCGACAAUCAGUUUAUUCAAUAGAGCAGUGUGGACCCAAUAAUCCAACCACAUUGGAUCGGAUAUCGAAAGUUGCAGUGUUUCAGACGGUAAUGAUAUUCUUCACAUUCGGAUCACUUCUGAUGGCUCCAUCUGAAGAACAAGAACGUCAUGCAGACUCUAGUGGUUGGUUUCUUUCAAUAUUCUUUCUGACUGCUCAGACUCCAUUCGUCCAUUGGGUUCUAUUCCGAUCAUUGCUUCGUUCAAGGAAACCAACUCGUUUAUGUUUUUUGAGUUGUUUCGGACAAGAAGAGAAGGUUGGAGUUGCUCCGGAAGAUGUUGAAAUGGAAAGACAACAAAAUAAAGAAGCAAAUAAGAAAAAGGAUGAAGAAGAAGAAGAAGAAGAUGAUGAUGAAGAUGAUGAACCAGAGACACUUGAUGCGAAUAAGAUUGUGAUAAUGCCAGCGAGUCAAGUUGAAGAAAUUAUUAGAAGAGAGGCUAUCGAGAUUAUUGAAGUGAAUUCAGAAGAUGUUCCGGAAGAAAGACAUGAAGUGGCAGGAGCAGCCAAUGAGAAUAUUCAGAAUGCAUGA